AUGGCGAUUCGAGAGGAUAUCGUCGUGUCGGCGACGCAAUUUCUCCAGGACCCAAGUGUCGCGAGCUCGUCCAUUGAUAAUCGCGUGGCCUUCCUGCGAACCAAGAACCUUACACAAGAGGAGAUCGAUGCCGCUCUUGCCAGAGUCGGCGCGCAACCGGCCCCAACUGCCGCCCCGACUCCGAUGCCGGUCGCCCAGCAGCAACCACCGCAACAGUACUAUCAAUCAUAUCCUCCUCAGUAUGCAGCAUGGCAACCGCCCCCACCGCCUCCCAAGAGAGACUGGAGAGACUGGUUUAUCAUGGCGACCGUCGUCGGAGGCGUUGGCUACGGCGCGUAUGCUCUGGCCAAGCGAUAUGUUUAUCCGAUGAUCGCUCCCCCAACACCCGAGAAGCUCGAGCAAGACAAGAAGUCCAUUGAGGAGCAAUUCGACAAAGCGUUCGGAUUGGUUGAGCAGCUGGCCAAAGAUACUGAAGCUCUCAAGGAGGCGGAGAAGGAGCGGACAGAGAAGCUCGAUACAGCGCUCACGGAACUUGAGUCUGUGGUCAAGGAGCUUCGGUCUGCAAACGCGCGAAGGGAGUCGGAAGCACAGCGCAUCAAGGAUGAUGUCCAAGUUCUCAAGGCUUCGAUCCCUAAGGCCAUGGAAACGCAAAAGGAUACUACCGAUAACAGACUCAAGGAGGUUAAUUCAGAACUCACCAGUCUGAAGACAUUGAUCACCCAGAGAAUGUCGGCCGCUGCAGCACCCCCGAGCACGAAUGGAUUGCGAAAUGGCGGAAGUGUUGCGCCCGUAGCUUCUGUUGCUGGCACCACUGGGGCUGCCGGCAACGGAAGCCAGGGCGGGGACAAGGACGCGGCGAGCACUGUCGAAACAACAAAGACCACGGCAACACCCAGUUUCAACCGACCCUCUCCGCUCAGCGGCAAGCCUGGUGGAAAGGCCUCGAUCCCGGCAUGGCAGAUGGCCAUGGCCAACAAGGACUCUGCGGCGGCGUCGUCGACGACAACAAACGGCGCUGAGUCUGCUGGGGGUAGCUCGCAACAAGAGGCCACGAGCUCGUGA